UUGUGAGCAGCAGACUGUAUCUCCUCUUCCUGAAAAAAGGAAAAAUGUUUAUGAAUAAAAAAUAUAUUUAAAAAAAGAAGAAAGGAGGAAAAAGAAGAAGGAGAGGAGAAGAACCAGCAGAGAAACUCUCAAAUGAACUGUACAAGGGUCCUCCCCCUUCUGGACCGUCACCCUGGCGGUCCGUCUCCCAUCAUGCCUGUCGACAUGGCGAUGAGGAUCUGCCUGGCCAGCUCUCCUCCUCUGCACACCCUGCUUAGUAACUAUGACAACGCUCUGCGACGCUGUGAACCGCUGCGACCUUGCCUGACCUCCAGUCGUUUUGAUGACGUCACCACAGUAACCACGCCCCAAUCCCCAGUGAGUUCAGGAACAGAUGGAGGCUCAUCGUGGCUGAAGAAAAAGAAACAAAAGAAGAGUGUCGUGUUCGCUGAUUCUCAAGGACUCGCCCUCACUGCCGUCCACGUCUUCAAUGACUCUGAGGACGACCUUUUGACAGAGCUGAGGUUCCACCUGACAGAGAUAGAGGGCGCCACUGCUGCACUGCAGUUGGGAGAUGACAAAGCCCCUGCUCCGGUCUUGGUUUUGGCGUUCAGUCCUCCAGCAGCAGACUACCUGGAGCUGAGGCAGCGCCUGAAAGCUCAGCAGGUCUGUCUGGAGACAUGUUCUCUCCAGGACCACCUGCUCUCAGGGACGGUACAGGUCAGAAACCUCUGCUUUGACAAGUCUGUGUCGGUGCGGAUCACCUAUGACUCAUGGCAUUCAUUCCAAGACAUCCCCUGUGUCUACCUGAACAAUGUGUACGGCUGUCCGGACACCGACACCUUCUCCUUCUCUGUCCUGGUUCCUGACAGCAUUACAGGGUCCAGCAGGGUGGAGUUCUGCAUUCAGUACCGAACACCUGGACAGACUUUCUGGGACAACAACCAUGGCCAGAACUACCGGCUUAGGGUUUCAGACCCAAACACAACCUCUGCCCACAGUGCUGACACCGUCACUGGGCUGCAGAUACAGAGAGGUGGGGGCACAGAGAAGAGAGAGGGGGUGGACUUUGACCCAUUUGGGAGUCCAAGGACCUCAGCAGGGAUCUUCCCUGAGUGGCAGAGCUGGGUCCAUGUAGAGACCAGUGCUCCCUAUUGGUAAGGCUAGAGGGACA